UCGCACUUUCGCAGUUUCGUUUUUCACUGUGUUUCAUUGUGUGCACGUAAUUGAAUUACCCUUUCCGUUCCCACAAUAGGCUUCUCGCAACAAUGGGGAAUAUAUUUGGGAAAACGAAAACGAAACCUGUAAGCAGAGUGACGGAACAGGACAAGGCCAUUCUUCAACUAAAGCAACAGCGUGACAAGCUUAAACAGUACCAAAAACGGAUUGAAAUAUCACUCGAAAAGGAUCGAGAACUUGCGAAAAAAUGUCUUGCCAGCGGAAGAAAGGAUCGAGCGAAAACGCUGUUGCGGAAGAAAAAGUAUCAGGAAAAACUCCUGGGCAAUACUGACGCCCAGCUGGAAACUCUCGAGAAGCUGGCCUCGGACAUUGAAUUUGCGCAAGUGGAAGCGCAGGUCGUCAGCGGACUGAAGGUCGGCAAUGAGGCACUGAAAAAGGUUAACGAGAUCCUAUCCAUUGACGAAGUGGAGCAAAUACUGGACGAGACUAGGGACAGCAUAGAGAAGCAACAGGAAAUUGACGCCCUGCUUAACGGUGUGCUGACGGAGGAGGAUGAAGAUGAUGUGUUGGCCGAACUAGAGGAGCUCAUCGGGGCAGACCGACAGCAAGCAGAAAGCGAACCUGCCUCGGAGGACAUCUCUAGCCGGUUGCCAGAGGUGCCGGAUGAUGAGCUCGUCAAGGAAAGGCGGGCACGGAAAGAGAAAGAACCGGCCGGUAAAGUUGCCCUGGAGGCAUAAUGUUUGGGCAAGGGUUCCCGAAACAGUUGCCAUCUGACCCAUUUACAGUUGGACAUUCACAACGGUCACAAAAGUUACAUACUUAUGCCUAUCUAUGAAGGUAAGCCGCGUAUCCUGGAGAGGCCAAUGGCCAAACGAUUUAUGUAAAUAAACAUGUUCCUAA